AUGGCUGCCGGAAGGUUACUGCUCUACACGGGCCUCUCGCUAGCGCUCUGCGCCCUCGGCAUGCUGGCCGUGGCCAUAUGCUCAGACCACUGGUACGAGACGGACGCCAGGAAGCACAGGGACAGGUGCAAGGCCUUCAACACUCGCCGGAUCGACCCCGGCUUCAUUUACAACAACAACAACAACUUGCCACUCCGGGCCAGCCGCUCGCGCCUGGACCGCUGGGAGGGCAAGCUCCUCCGGGCCCGCAAUCGCCGGCAACUCUUCGCCAUGAGCCCCGCCGACGAGUGCAGCCGGCAGUACAACUCCACCAACAUGGGCCUCUGGAGGAAGUGCCACCGACAAGGCUUCGACCCCGAGAUCGCGGCCCUGAUUCGGAAAGGAGAAAUUGAGCGGUGCACGUACAUCAAAUACCACUACUCCUCAGCCACCAUCCCCAGGAACCUCACCUUCAACAUCACGAAGACCAUCCGCCAGGAUGAGUGGCAUGCUCUGCACCUGCGCAGGAUGACGGCCGGCUUCAUGGGCAUGGCAGUGGCCAUCAUCCUCUUCGGCUGGAUCAUCGGCGUGCUGGGCUGCUGCUGGGACCGAGGCCUUAUGCAGUAUGUGGCCGGGCUGCUCUUCCUCAUGGGAGGAACUUUCUGCAUCAUCUCACUGUGCACCUGUGUGGCCGGGAUCAACUUUGAGCUGUCACGUUACCCCCGCUACCUGUACGGACUCCCCGACGACAUCAGCCAUGGCUACGGAUGGUCCAUGUUCUGUGCGUGGGGGGGCCUGGGCCUCACUCUGAUCUCGGGAUUCUUCUGUACCUUGGCCCCUUCUGUCCAACCUGUCCCGAGGACCAACUGCCCCAAAUCCAGACCCGAGAACGGGACAGUGUGCUAA